AUGACUGACACUAAAAAUGCAAAUCAAGAUGGAAGUCCUCAGAUCGAAAAGAAGCCUGUGAGCUGGUCCAACAUAGGGGUUGGCGCUGUUUUAAACCUGUCUGAAGUGACUACUUUGGGACAACCGUUCGAGGUUAUGAAGACCACCAUGGCUGCAAAUCGUGACUUAUCUCUUAUCGGCUCUAUCAAGCACAUAUUUUCUAGAGGAGGAUUUAAAGGCUUUUACCAGGGAUUGAUUCCAUGGGGCUGGAUAGAGGCUGCAACUAAGGGCUCAGUUCUUCUUCCAGUCUCUACAGAAGCUGAAUAUAGACUUAAACUUUUGGGUUGUGAUCCAUUUCUUGCUGGUAUAGGUGGAGGUAUGACAGGAGGUGUUGCACAGGCAUACCUUACUAUGGGUUUCUGCACGUGCAUGAAGACGGCAGAAAUUACAAGAAAGAAGGACGUUGGCCCAGAAGGAAAGGCGCCAAAGACUACUUGGGAGGUGUUCAAAGGUAUUUACAAGAAAGAUGGUAUUAGAGGUAUUAAUCGUGGUGUCAACGCAGUUGCAUUGAGACAAUGUACUAACUGGGGUACAAGAUUUGGUGUUUCUCGCUUGGCCGAAGAAGCAAUUAGGAAAUUCAGAAACAAGAGUGACGGUCAGAGACUAUCACCUUAUGAGAAAAUCUUGGCCUCAGUUAUCGGUGGCGCUAUAUCGGCCUGGAAUCAGCCAAUCGAGGUGGUUCGAGUCGAGAUGCAGUCACGUACUCCGGAUCCAAACAGACCAAAAAAUCUUUCUGUCUGGCAAACAAUGAAGUACGUUUACAAAACCAAUGGAAUUAGGGGUCUUUAUAGGGGUGCAACCCCUAGAAUCUGCUUGGGAAUCUGGCAGACCGUUUUCAUGGUCUGCUUCGGUGAUUACGCAAAAGAGUACCUUGCUGACAGAAACCAAAAGAAUGUGAUUUAA